CCAUUUGUGUUGCAAUAUCUAUUGUUCCCCGCCUCGGCCGGUGUGACUUUGCGGCGGCAUUUCUGCGCGUCGCAGAGCGUGAAGGAGGCCCAGGCAGUAUGGGCGUAAGAAGUGCGUCGAAAAUUGCGCGAAGCUGGAGCGCGACUGGUCGAUACGCAGGCAGCAUACCCAGGUACCAAGGGCGCGUGGGCGUCUGUCGCGCUCUUGUGCGCGACAAGGCACCCGCCGUGCGCUGCGACGGUACGCGCGCUGCCUUACGCGCAACGCCGUGCCCGACGCUCGUCUCGUGCCCGCUGCGGGCUGUUCCCGUCAGAACGUCCAGCGUCGACCCUUUCCCUCUCGGCCUUGAAUCGUUCUCCCGUCGAAGAGGCUCGCGUGUUCCGCCCAGAACACACCCCCCAUGCCGCAUCGCCCGCCAGGCGCCCACUUGCCACCCCGAGUCUCACCUCAAUGUAGCGACCAUCAUCCUCCUUUUAGGCUAGAGAUCGAGCCAGCCGACGGUGCUCCCCCCUGCUCCGCUCAGCAGGUCCCGAACGCCCCCCUGGGAUUUUGGCGUCUUCCGCGAAUCUGAUUUCUGCCCCCGAUUCUGAAUCUUCGGCAACUCUCCGCGCCUGCCCCCUCCCUCUUUGAUCGACUCCCCGGCUUCUCUCUCUGCGCGUACCUCCGCCGGCCUCUUCC